CAAAGGGCUGCCUACCGCAGCCGGUCCCACAGGUUCUGUGCUAAGGCAGGGAAACUGCCGCUGGCUCCACUGUGGAUUCCUGCAGCCCAAGCAGAGAAAGUGACGUCUGGCUGGUUCCCCAAGUGGAUGAAAGCAGGUGUUUACAUAACAGAAAGUGGCAGAAAUGGAGUAUUUGGUGGGUCUGGAGCCACACCCAGUCGAUGAUGACUUAUUUAAAGAACCGAUGAAAAAAAGGAGACGAUCAGACAGAGACCAGCGGCUCCGAGCAUUUCCCUCCGUGGAACAGUGUGCUCUUAAGGAAUAUGAAAAACUGGAGUCGCGGACCAGAAGGGUUUUGAGCAACACAUACCAGAAACUCAUUCAGUCUGUGUUCCUGGAUGACAGCAUCCCGAACGGAGUCAAGUACCUCGUGAACAGGCUUCUCACUUUAAUUGAAAAACCGCCAUUGGACCCAAUCUACAUUGGAUUAUUUGGAAGCACCGGGGCCGGGAAGAGCUCCCUAAUCAAUGCCAUCAUCCAGCAAGCCAUGUUCCUGCCGGUGUCUGGAGAAAGUAUAUGCACGUCUUGUGUUGUCCAAGUGAGCUCAGGCUGCUGCGAGCAGUACGAGGCCAAAAUCCACCUUCUGUCUGACCAGGAGUGGAAGGAGGAGCUGAAGAACUUGACCAAACUCCUGCACAGAACAGAGGAGCUGGGCAGGGAAGAGGCAGACGAGUGGGACAGGGACGACGCGGUGGAGGAAGCCAUCUGGAAGCUGCGAAUGCUUUAUGGAGAUGGGGCAGAAAGGAAGAGCUAUGAGGAGUUACUACGGGCAAAGCCCAAAGGAAGGAUUCCCACCUCCAGAAUCAUCACCCUCAAGGCAGAAGAGGCAGGAGAGCUGUCUGUCAAGCUGGACCCCUACAUCCGGACUAAGAGGAGAGACUGGGAUGGAGAAUCAGCUGAGACACAUAUCUGGCCCCUGAUCAAACACGUGGAAGUGACUCUUUCCAAGUCAGAGCUGAUUCCAGAAGGGGUUGUGCUGGUGGACAUUCCAGGCACUGGUGACUUCAACAGCAAGAGGGAUGAGAUGUGGAAAAAGACCAUCGACAAGUGCUCAGUGAUCUGGGUGAUCAGCGACAUCGAGAGAGUUUCUGGAGGGAGAGCCCACGAAGACCUUCUGAGUGAGAGCAUCAAAGCCUGCCAGCGGGGUUUCUGCAGGGAUGUGGCCCUGGUGGUCACCAAGGCCGACAAACUCCACCUGCCGGAAUAUCUGAGGGAAAGGAAAGUGGGAAAGCAAGCUAUUCAAAGUCAGCGAGAGGCUGUUUUGGAAAGAAAUGAAAUGAUAAAACUACAAAGGAAUAGAAUUCUCAAGGAAAAACUAAAGAGGAAACUGCCCGCGGAUUCCAAGGCUCUGGGAGCCUCAGAUCUGGUGUACACGGUCAGCGCCCAGGAGUACUGGCAACAGGCUCUCCUCACUGAAGAGGAAACUGAAAUCCCCAAGUUAAGAGAAUAUAUCAGGAAAAGGCUCUUGGACAAGAAGAGGAGGACGGUGACCAAGUACGUGACCGAAGCCUUUGGCCUGCUGCUCCUCACGGACAGUUUCAACUGCCCCGAAAACCUGCCGAACGAGCACUUGCACAUGAGUGGCCUGCGGAGAUUUGUGGAAGAGCAAGUACAGCUGCUGGAGAAGGCCAUCGACCAGUGCUUCGCCCACAUGGCACAGCCUCUGCACGAAGGGGUCAGAAAUGCCAGGACUUCCUACCGACGGAUCCUCAGGGCAUGUCUGGUGAGGAGCAGGGGAAACCAGGGCUUUCACCAGACUUUGAAAGCUGUUUGCCUGAAGAAUGGCAUCUAUGCCUCCAGGACUCUCCCACGAAUAGAUCUGAACGAGGCCAUCACGCAGCCCAUCUAUGACCAGAUCGAUCCAGUUUUUGGAGGCAUUUUUAGGGCUGGAACGCCCACAGGGUCAGCUCUGAUGCCGCACAUAGAUGCGUUUAAGCACUCUCUCCAGGAGAAAAUGAUGGAAAUUGGGAUAAGAAAUGGCUGGAAGUAUGACAACUGCAAAAAACGUUUCCUGAUCCAGGAGAUAAGCGCCAUCCUGGGGGGCCUGGAGGGGCACAUCCUCAGGAAGAAGAGGAGGAUCUACGAGUCUCUCACCACCUCAGUUCAGAGCGACCUGAAGCCCUGCUACGAAGAGGCAGCUCAGAUCACUGGCAAAAAAGCGUGUGAGAAGAUGAAGGAUGUCAUCAGAAGAGGGGUGGACCAGCAGGUGGCCGAGGGCAUGUUUGAAAGGGCCCAGGAGAGGAUGCAGCACCAGCUUCGGCAGCUGAAGAACGGAAUCACGGAGAAGGUGAAGGGCAGUAUCGCCACCAUGCUGACCCUUGCUUCACCCCAGGGGGAUGGUCUCUACAAGGAGCUUGCAGACGUCAGAAGUGAGUACAAGGAGAUGGAGAAGCUGCACAGAAGCCUGAGGGAGGUUGCCGAGAACGCGGUGCUGCGGCGGGGCAUGCAAGACUUCCUCCUGAGAGUGUCCCCCAGCAAAGUGGGCCCCCCCAAAGCAUGCAUUUGAUUCCUGGGGCUCAGCACCAAGGGGAUGAGAAACCACUGGGGAGCCAAAUAGUGAGAAUUACUUCUGUCUUGUAAAAUCUAAUAAAAAACGUCUCCCAAGUG